AUGGGUCCAAAGAAGAAGCAAGUAUCCAAUAAACUGGGUACUGCUCCAAAGAACGCUAAAAGUAAGGUUGGUACAACGAAUAAUAGGAAAGCAUCAAAGAAGUCUAGUGUAUCGCCAGACACGAACAGAAAGAACAAAACAACAACAAAUGAUUCAGAAACGGACAAUGAAAGCGAUUUUUACUCAGGAAAUCUGCAAAGUCAGCCGAGCCAAUUGUUACUUGGGAGGAAAAACCGGUUAAAUGAUUUACUAGCAUCAUCACAAACAUCACACACAAAUAAUGCAACCCAAAGCGGACCUAAAGGAAAGAAAGGAGGAAACCGGGCUACGGGAAAAUUUGAAGAGGAUGAUGGCUUCAUAUAUAAGAGGGACCAGGAAGAUGAUAAAAAUAAAAAGCGAAAGCCGGUGAACUCGCUCAUAUCACAAUUGAGGGAAGAAACAAAUCAAAUGACCAAUGAAGACAAUUUGCGUCACUUGGACUUGGAAGAGCCCUCCAAGAAGAAAACCAAAAGGGAAACGAAGUCGACGAAAUCGACAAAAACAAACGGGAGUAAGACAAAAGUCAAUACAAAGCCAAAUGGUGUAUCCAGAAGACAAGCGACGAAACGGAAGUCUAAUUUUCAUGAUGAUUCAAGCUUGCACUUAUCAUCGCCAAUAAAAUCGCCGAAUUAUGAAAAUUUUUACGAUGCAUAUUCAUCUGACGUAUACGAGGAACAGGUGUCGCAUCUUAAGAUGAACUUGGAGGACUCGGAUACUGCCAGAACGAGAAACCAGAAGGCACCAAAUGGUAAAAAUAAAAGAAGAGCGUCAUAUCAUAAUAGAGGAAAGAGAGUGCUGUCUAUAGGAAAUGGAUUUGUUGGAGUUCCUCAUGAGGAUGUACCUACAAGCGACUACUAUAAGUUAUUGGAUACGUCUUUGCCUGAACCUCACAGGAUGAAACAGUUAUUAAUAUGGUCCUUCAAGAAGAAAUUGGACCAGGAAGAAAAGCUGUCAAGAAGCAAGUCAAAAUCUGAGACUACCGAAGACCAGACUAUUAUUAAUAUUGCCAAAGUCAUCAAAGAAGAAGUAUUACGAGAUUUGAUAGAGGGCCAAAUUUCCAUAAGUUGGUAUAAUCGUGACGACAACGAAGAUGAAACGAACGAUAACAUGCUAACAAACAAAGAGGUUACAUUGCCCAAUCCCCUUAAUAUCACCAAUGAAGAAAAUAUUGAAAUCUUCACUAAAAAGUUGAAGUCGUUAAAGCAAGAAAGAUCGCAAUGGGAAUCGUCGUUUAAUAGAUCAACAAGCCAUAUACCGAAUCUUAAAAUUGACGCAAACCAAAAGGAGGCUGAUUUACAAGACUAUUGUCAAAUAAGAAGCGAAACUCAAGAUAGCUCAGUAGAUUUCAAUUCCACUGUACUUAACAACUCCCUUGCAGAAAAAAUUAACGAUAACUAUAAUAACGUUAACGAAAACAUUCCUCAUGAUGUGGAGACAUCCACGGAUAAGCUAUACGAUGCAUCGUAUCGCUUAUCUCAAGCUCGUGAAUUAAUUGCAAAAUUGCAGACUGACAAAUUGAACGAUAAAGUAUCAUCCCUAGUACAAAACUAUAUGACCAAGCAUCUCCGUGAACCUCUGUCUCCUGGCACUUCAUCGUGGCCAGUACCCAACAGAAGAAUCACUACGAAGGAAUUGCUCAGAGGUAUUACAAGACUUGAUGACCCUGGAGUCAGUCAAACUGAUUAG